GAUUGAAAAAGAACAAAAAGCAGAAAUUCAUUUUAUUCUUAAAAGUUGAAAAAAGUGCACAAAUCGUUAAACCACGUUCGAAUAUCGCAGCGUAGUGUGGAUAGAAUAAAAUAAUACUUAUCAAAUAGGCGUUUUAAUAGUGAUAAAUAUAUAGUGUUUGUGUAUACAGAUAUAUAUUUCCUUUGUUUAAUAUAUGCAAAUCAGAUAAAUUGUUUUGUGUUGAGCGAUUGGAAUAAAUCAAAUUAAGCGCAAUAUUCACCUAUGGGCGAUUUUCAUGACGCUCGUCUAGCGAAAACGAUUGCCUGGGCGACUGCUAGCUGCUAGCAAGGAUGUAGUGUGAAGAAAAAAAACGAUAAUGCAAUCAAAAAAAGAAUAAUGUGUAUUUUUUUAAUAAAUAAAAAGUGCAAAAGAAUAAAGGAGCAAUAUCACAACAAUUGUGGAGAGAACUUUUGUUUAAGUUUUAGUUAAGGAUUUGCGAUUUAAAAAUAAGUGAAAACAAUUACUUUAACAUAUUGAUAAGCACCAACGUCAUAAUUAUAGAUUGGUGUUUGUGACCUUCUGUGCUCCCAGCUGGAAAAAUACCGCACGCCAUUGUGUGUUAUUUUCCUAAAUUGGUUGGUGAAGACGCGUGUAUUUAAAUCAAACGCGCCUACGCCCAUAAGAAUUAUUUAGUUUGGCUUUUUUCCAAAAGUGAAUUUGCAAUUUACAUAAGUUUACUUCGAAUUGAAAAUUCUUUGUGCUUAUAUAAAUGUGCUUGUGGUUCAAGCAUUAAUAUUUGCUUUUGAAAACCGAUGCAAUGGAUUUAGUUAACUUAAUCAGAUCAUCGUACGAUGACUGCGGAUUAAUGUUCUCCGAAUCAUGGUACAAGGUACUGAAAAUGGAACUGAAAAUUACGGUCUACAUAUAUAUUUGCAUAACGCUAUUAACGUUAAUUGUCAUCGGAUGGUAUAUCUUCUACAAGCGUUGGCAGCGCAACAAGGAACGUCAACUCAUGUUGCAAGCACAAAUACGCGGCACCUCGACUGGCGCCGCCGGCGAUAUGACGGGUUUGUGUUUCCGCAAGCGCGACAAAAUGCUCUUCUACGGCCGGCGCAUGUUGCGGAAAGUGAAAAACGUCUCUGGCCAAGUGUACGGCGGGCAGGGGCGCAAACGGAAGGCGGUGAUGCGCUUCGCCAAACGUAUACUACAGCUGCGCCGCGAGAACAUACCAACGCUGUUGAACACCGUGGAGCCGCCGGCUGAAUACCUGCAGGAGACCACUGAGGGCGGUGAGCGCGUGCCGCCCGAUGCGCUCUACAUGCUGCAAAGCAUACGCAUAUUUGGACACUUUGAGAAACCGAUUUUCCUGAAGCUCUGCAAGCACACGGAGGUGCUGACGCUGGAACCGGGCGAUUUCCUCUUUAAAAUCACCGACUCCGAUGACAGCGUUUUCAUUGUGCAAUCGGGCUUGGUGCAUGUUUUCAUUUCGAAUGCGGACGGCAGCACGUUGUCGCUGAAGACAGUGAAGAAAGGUGAAUCGGUGACGUCGCUGCUGAGCUUUAUCGAUGUGUUAUCGGGUAAUCCGAGUUUUUACAAAACCGUUACCGCCAAAGCGAUGGAGAAGUCCGUCGUUAUACGUCUGCCAAUGCAGGCUUUCGAGGAGGUCUUCAACGAGAACCCCGACAUCAUGAUACGUGUCAUCCAAGUGAUUAUGGUGCGUUUGCAGCGCGUACUUUUCACAGCGUUGCGCACCUACCUUGGUCUCAAUUCGGAGUUAGUACAAAGCCAUAUGCGCAUUAAGAAAAGUGCGGGCGCCUCUGCUUUAAAGACAUCGCCGCUUCAUCGACGCUCCACACAUCCCGAAUCCGUGCAGCACUCACUGUCAGAUUUCAUGCCACCGCCAGACAUGCUGGUGGACUUGGCGCACGACACCGAAAGACACAUGGGCAUACAGGCGGCCCUACCAAAUGCGCAGCCAGCGGGUAACGGCGCUGCCAACGCUGCCGGAGGUCAACAUACGUUAGCCAAUUCGCGUGCGAACAGCAUUGGCAAUUUGGUGACGCGCCGCUACUCGCUCAUACAUGCUGAGGCGCUGGCGAACGCCGCCACAGCGGAACUGGCCAGUCUACGUGGCUAUGCCUUGGACAGUUUCUUGCGUGAACUGGGCUUGCCGGAAGAGGAUCGCGCUUUCAUUGAUCCAUACGUUGAGCUGAGCGAAGUCGAGCCGAAUAUUGCGCUAAUCAACGAGGGCAAUGUGGAUGACAUUUGCAUUUGGAUUGUGCUCACGGGCGCUUUGAAUGUGUACCAAAGCAGCGUAGACGUCACACGCACAGUGAAGAAGGAGCACUCGGAUGUAUUCAUUUACACAGUGCAUCCCGGUGAAAUUGUCGGUGGACUGGCGGUGCUCACAGGCGAGGCCAGCACUUACACGAUAAAAGCAAAGCAUGUAACCCGUAUCGCCUUCAUACGUCGACCCGACGUUUAUGCUAUAAUGCGCGAGCGUCCACGCAUUGUGCUCGAUCUCGGCAAUUGCGAAGUGCGUCGGCUCUCGCCGCUAGUGCGUCAAUGUGAUUACGCGCUCGAUUGGGUCUUUCUCGAGUCCGGACGUGCUGUCUACCGACAGGAGGAGAACAGUGACAGUACUUAUAUCGUGCUCAGCGGGCGCAUGCGCUCUGUGAUAACGCAAGCGAGCGGUAAAAAGGAGAUCAUCGGCGAGUACGGCAAGGGCGAUCUUGUGGGGCUCGUGGAGAUGAUAACGGAGACUUGCCGAACGACCACUGUGAUGGCUGUGCGCGAUUCCGAACUUGCCAAAUUACCUGAGGGACUCUUUAAUGCCAUCAAGCUGCGUUACCCAAUCGUCGUAACGAAGCUCAUCAGUCUGUUGAGUCAUCGUAUAUUGGGCACAAUGCAGACACGUCAUGGCAGCACUGCAGCGCCGUUGGAGGCGAACCCCGUCACACAUAAAUACUCCACUGUCGCGCUGGUACCGGUAAGCGACGAUGUGCCCCUGACUGCGUUCACCUAUGAACUCUAUCACUCAUUGUGUGCUAUUGGUCCGACACUGCGUUUAACCUCCGAGGUGGUGCGAAAGCAACUCGGCAUGCACAUUUUCGAGCCCAGUAACGAAUACCGCAUGACCUCUUGGCUGGCGCAACAGGAGGAUCGCAACACAAUCACCCUGUAUCAAUGCGACUCAUCUUUGAGCGCGUGGACGCAGCGCUGCAUGCGACAAGCUGAUGUUGUACUUAUUGUGGGUCUGGGCGAUCAUGCGCCGACAGUGGGUAAAUUCGAACGCGAGAUCGAUCGUCUGGCGAUGCGCACACAGAAGGAGCUCGUCUUGCUCUAUCACGAAUCGAGCAGUACGAAACCGAAAAACACACUGCAAUGGUUGAAUGUGCGACCGUGGGUCACCAAGCAUCAUCACCUGCAGUGUCCGAAGCGUAUGUUCACGCGCAAGAGUCAAUAUCGCAUUAACGAUCUGUAUAGCCGUGUACUAAUGUCCGAGCCGAACAUGCAUUCGGAUUGUUCACGCCUGGCACGUUGGCUCACCGGCAACUCUAUCGGUUUGGUGCUGGGCGGUGGCGGUGCACGUGGCGCCGCACACAUUGGCAUGCUGAAGGCCAUACAAGAGGCGGGCAUACCGAUAGAUAUGGUGGGCGGUGUCAGCAUCGGUGCGUUAAUGGGCGCCCUCUGGUGUUCGGACCGCAAUGUGACCGCCGUUACGCAGAAAGCGCGUGAAUGGUCAAAGAAAAUGACAAAAUGGUUCUUGCAACUGCUCGAUCUCACCUAUCCCAUUACAUCGAUGUUCUCCGGCCGUGAAUUCAAUAAAACAAUACGCGACACCUUCGGUGAUGUCGCCAUUGAGGACUUGUGGAUACCAUAUUUCACGCUAACGACUGAUAUAACCGCAAGCUGCCAUCGCAUACACACAAACGGAUGUCUAUGGCGUUAUGCCCGCGCAAGCAUGUCCAUAGCCGGCGUCUUUCCACCAUUUUGCGAUUAUAGAGACGGUCAUUUGCUACUCGAUGGUUGUUACACCAACAAUGUGCCAGCCGACGUAAUGCACAACUUGGGCGCCGCUCAUAUAAUCGCCAUCGACGUAGGCUCACAGGACGAUAUGGAUUUGACGAAUUAUGGCGAUGACUUAUCCGGCUGGUGGUUGUUGUAUAAAAAAUGGAAUCCUUUCACCACGCCGGUGAAGGUGCCCGACUUGCCUGAUAUACAGUCCCGUUUGGCGUAUGUGUCGUGUGUGCGUCAAUUAGAAGAAGUGAAAAACUCCGAAUACUGUGAGUACAUACGUCCACCAAUUGACAAAUACAAGACGCUUGCGUUCGGCAGUUUUGAUGAGAUACGUGAUGUCGGUUAUGUUUUCGGUAAAAACUACUUCGAUGGCAUGGCCAAAGCCGGACGUUUGGGACGCUUCAAUCAGUGGUUCAAUAAAGAGCCUUUGAAGAAAGAGAAUCCGGGCACUUUAAGCGAUUAUACAUUCAUCGAUUUAGCGCACAUCGUGUGCAAAUUACCCGAGACCUACAUUAGUAAUGAACAUUUGCAUCAGAGUUAUCUGUUCAGUGAAGAUGAGGACUAUGAUGGCUACAUUUCAGAACCCUCAACCUACAAGCGGAUAAAGAUCAAGCGCACAGGCACUUCGUUGUCGCUAUCCGAAAACGAAAUGGACUCGGAUAUCGAGGUCGACCUCUCGCUGGCUAUACGUCAACACCAUGCGCAUCGCUCGCGCAGCACACCGCAAACGCCCGCCUCCGAGUCACACACCGGUGACGGGCCCGGCAGCAGUUUGGUACGCUUUGACAGCAGCGUGGUUUUCAAGGAUAACAGCGCCACCGCUAUCGGCUCGCAGAUUAGCAUACGCAGCAGUGGGAGCAGUACUGAUUUUAUAACACCCUACGAUGCGCUCAACAUAGACGCGGUAGUCGAUGAGCUCCCCUUAGAUCCGGUGGUGGCGGUAAAGAAGGAAGAACUUAAAGUCGAACCCUCCACAUGCGAGUCAACAACAGCAACGACGCCUGUGAAAAGCAUGGAAACGCAAGUGAAAGAGGAGGAUCUGCGUACGCCCACGCCGAGCAAUAUUAACGCGCAUGAGCCCGCCUACGAUAAGGAGGCGAAUGCUGCAAAUGCCGAGUAUGCCGCCUUAAUGCAAAGCGCCAACGAUGCGCCGGCCACACCGACAAAUACUUUAACCAACAACUCAGCGGCGUCAUAAUGAUAACUGCUGCGACUGCGUAUAUUUUAGUUUUUAAGUAAUCACUUAAGGUAAAGAGUGUGUGUGUAUGUAUGUGUGUCUCAUAUGGGAUGGAAUGCUUUAGAAUUAUGAUAGAAUAUAAAUAUAAUACAAAAGGAAAUAAAAGAAAGCGAGAAAGCGUGUACAUUUAUAUUUCAUAGCCAUAUAAGUAUAUUUAACGGAAGUGAAAACGGUUGACGGAACGAAAAUAAAGUACACUGUGAAAAAUA